AUGUCGUCCAGCACACACAUCGCGGGCCGGAAUGGCACUUCCACGACCAAUGGCACCAGUAGCAGCACACCUCGUGCAAGGAUCUGCGUCUUUUGCGGCUCCAGUGGCGGAACGAGCCCGGCACACAUGGAAGCCGCCCGGCAACUAGGCAGAGUAAUGGCAGAGAACAACAUUGACUUGGUAUAUGGCGGUGGCACUGUCGGUCUCAUGGGCGAGGUCGCCAAAACGGUCUGCGCCAUCAACGGACCCGACGCGGUCCACGGCAUCAUCCCCGAGGCUUUGGUCAGAUAUGAGCGGGAUGGCACGUACCAGACCGUCAACAUCAACAAUCAAGUUGUUCCCACCGAGUCCUUAUAUGGCCGCACGACAGUGGUCAGGGACAUGCACACCCGGAAGAAGCUCAUGGCAGAGCAAGUCUUCAACGGCGGACCCGGUAGUGGCUUCAUUGGCUUGAGCGGUGGAUACGGCACCAUGGAGGAAGUUUUCGAAGUCAUCACCUGGAACCAGCUGGGCAUUCACACAAAGGGCAUCUGUCUACUUAACAUUGAGGGAUACUGGGACGGUAUUGUGCAGUGGCUGGGCAAGGCAUCAGAGCAAGGCUUCGUCAAGUCUGGCAACGAGCAUAUUGUAGUUGCGGCUACCGAUGCCGAGAGUGCCGUCAGGGCCUUGAGCAACUACAAAGUUUCUGAGGCUACUUUCAAGCUUGAGUGGGGCACGCAGUAG